UCCAAGUGUGUCCCCCUGCGCAGCAGUCCAGUAUUGACAACGGCACACCUUCAUCAAUUCUGAGCGGCAGUUUCAGUAGACAGGCGGCAGUCUUCAUGCUGACCGAAGGCGAACAGGAUUACACUCAUUUUAACCAGGAACAGACUGGGGGCAGCUACGGUGGUGUGCAGUUUAAAGUGAUGGACUACACGUACGAUGAAGACUUGGAGGAGCUGUGUCCUGUUUGCGGCGAUAAGGUGUCCGGUUAUCACUACGGGCUGCUGACUUGUGAAAGCUGCAAGGGGUUCUUCAAAAGGACAGUACAGAACAAUAAACGUUACACGUGCACAGAAAAUCAGAACUGCAAAAUUGACAAAACCCAAAGAAAAAGAUGUCCUUUCUGUCGGUUUCAGAAAUGCCUCACAGUUGGAAUGAGGUUGGAAGCUGUUCGGGCAGAUCGCAUGAGAGGAGGAAGAAACAAAUUUGGGCCGAUGUACAAGCGAGACCGAGCCCUGAAGCAACAGAAGAAAGCCUUAAUACGCGCCAACGGCUUCAAGAUAGAGACGACGCCCCCCAUGGUGUCCCCACCUCAGACUGACUAUAGUCUUUCAAGUAGCAUCCAUGGGAUUCAUCCGGUAUCCAAAAGCAUGCCACUGUCCACCCCGACCUCCAUGACCCCCACAGACUAUGACCGGAGUCCUUACGGGACGCCCUCUCUUGGCAUGAGCAUGCAGAACCACGGGCCUCUGCCAGCCUACCAGUACGCAUCCUUCUCAAGCCGGGCGAUCAAAUCCGAGUACCCAGACCAUUACACAAGCUCCCCCGACUCACUCACCGGCUACCCCUACCCAGACACCUACCAGACCAGCUCACCCACAAACGUCCCUCAGCUCAUUUUGGAAUUUCUACGGUGUGACCCUGACGAGCUUCAGGUCCAGAGCAAAAUCCUCAACUACCUGCAGCAGGAACAGGCCAGCCGCAGCAAGCACGAGAAACUCAAUACUUUUGGCAUUAUGUGCAGAAUGGCCGACCAGACUCUGUUUUCAAUUGUGGAGUGGGCAAGAAGCUGCGUCUUCUUCAAAGAGCUCAAGGUAGGAGAUCAAAUGAAGCUUCUUCAUAACUGCUGGAGCGAGCUGCUGGUGUUGGACCACAUUUACAGACAAGUGCUGCACGGCAAAGACAACAGUCUGCUUCUUGUGACGGGUCAAGAGAUUGAACUCUCCACCGUGGAGACUCAAGCCGGAGCGACGCUCAACAGCCUGGUACUGCGAGCUCAGGAGCUGGUUAGGAAGUUGCAGUCCCUGCAGGUCGACAGGAGGGAGGUCGCCUGCUUCAAAUUUCUCAUCCUGUUCAAUUCUGAAGUGAAACUUUUAGAAAACCACCAUCUAGUGGAAAGCGUCCAAGAACAAGUCAACGCCGCUCUCCACGAGUACACCAUGUGCAACUACCCUCAGUUUGUGGACAAAUUUGGGCAGCUGCUACUUCGGUUACCUGAGAUUCGAGCUCUGAGCGCCCAGGCAGAAGAAUACCUGUAUUACAAACACCUGAGCGGCGAGGUGCCCUACAACAACCUGCUCCUGGAGAUGCUUCAUGCCAAAAGGGCCUGAAAUGGAAGGACGAUGAAGAAGUCAGUAGAAACAGAGAUGGGCUUAACCCCACAAUAAAGCGAACAAUUAAAUCAGACGGACAGAGAGAAAGAGGUGGGCAGCAAGCACUCUAGAGCAGGACAAGCAACAGGUCAACAUCUGGGAGGAAACCAUUUAACAGCUGGAAACACGGGCGCGGAAGAUAUUGGAUUAUCAGCAAGCUUCGGUGGAACUUCCCCUAGCUGGAUAAGCAGUCAAUAUCCCUAUGUAAUAUAUAAGUCUGUAUAUAUCUAUUGCAUAGCUCCAUAUUUAUACAUAGAUACAGUACAUGCACUGUUUAUCUACACUUCUACAUAAAUAUAUAUAUUGAAAUACCCCAUAUAUAUAUAUAUAUAGAGAGAGAGAGAGAGAGAGAAAGAGAGAGUAACAAAAUUAGAUGUUUUGGGGAACCGUCCAGUGAUCUCCGUCCAAUUGAAAACAAAACAAUGAAACUAUUUACUGAAAAUCAGACGCGACUUCUAAGCUAGACUGACUCCAUGACGGCGGCAGCCCCCCCGGGUGAUGAGGUGUGGGAGGAGGAAGAGGCGGGUCUUGGUGCAUGGGAUAGCGGGAAUGACGUCACUCAGCAGCCCGCCUCAGGAUCUGCAGGUAGAAUGAGAAGGAGCGGCAUUAGGUGACAGCGCCAACCCUUGGCACAGAGUGGUAUUAUUGGUCGACAAGCCUUGAGGUUGCCCCACAAAAGUACAUGUGUGACAAUAUAUAAAGUAGAAAUAUCAGUUGGACAGUCAUUUUCCAACCGGCUUAGGCCUGAACGGGGUCACCGCAGUCUGUUCCAACUAGCAAAGGGCACAAGGCAAAGAACAAGCCCUGGACAGGGUGCCAGUCCAUCACAGGGCAAACAAACACACGCCAACCACACACUUCGGCCUUUUUAGCUUCACCAAUCCACCUAAUCUGCGUGUCUUUGAAUUGUGGGAGGAAACUCACGCAGACACAGGGAGAACAUGCAAACUGCACACAGGGACGACCCGGGAUGUGAACUGUGGUCUCCUCCUUACUACCAGGCAGCAGUGCUACUACUGUGCCACCAUGCCACCCUUUAUAUAUUGUAAAAUAUGCAACAGGAGACAGCAUAAAGUUUUGGGGUCCGCCAGCCCCGUAUAUUGUACAGAAAAUUAUUACUUUGCAGUCGAGUUAUCAACAAAACAAACAUUCAUAACGCGACGCCGAACCAUGGCGUCGCGGCCAUUUUAUUGGGGAG